GCCCUAAACGAACUGCCCAACAAUUGCCUUACGAAUAGUUUGGUACCACUGCAUCCAUUCCCAACGCCACCGGCCACUGAUCCCACCCUAGAGGUGGCGGAAUUCGCUACCAACUCCGAGCAGUACCUUCAUCCAUACGUCCAUUUCGUGAAUCAUCUCUACAUCUAUCCGCUACAUUUGAGCUACGACAGUCAGAAGAUAUUCUCACGCGCCAGAAACAUUGCAAUCAUCGUGGAACUGCGGGACAGUGAUACAGCUGAAGCUAAAUCAAUUGAGUGUAUCUACGGUCGCCCUGGACAGGAGAUGCUAGUAUCGCAAAUGUCUUGCCCCGUGCUGCAUCACAACACCAGCCCGAUGUGGUACGAGGAGAUCAAACUGCGACUUCCGCUCAACAUCACCCCGCAGCACCAUCUGUUGUUUUCGUUCUUCCACGUAUCCUGCAACAUCGCCAAGAAAAAGGAUCCAUCGACUACCAGCACGGAAACGCCUGUGGGUUACGCUUGGUUACCGUUGCUAACGAAGGGCAAAAUUAAUGUGGAGGAACAGUGCCUUCCGGUGGCAGCCUCGCUUCCCGUCGGGUAUCUCUCCAUCCAGCCUCUCGGUCUCGGAAAAGGCCAGAACGCCGGUCCGGAUGUGCAGUGGAUCGACAAUCAGCGACCAAUCUUCACCGUGUGCUUCCGGCUUGAUUCGACCGUCCUCAGCACGGAUCAGCAUCUGCACAACCUCUUUCUCCAUGCCGAGCGGUUACUGGAACACUCGAAAACCGUCGCUCCACCGGACAAAACGGAAACGUGCAAAAUACUGAAAGCAGCCCAUGCCAUCCACAUCAGCUCGCUGAUCACGUUUCUUCCGACGAUCCUGAACCAACUGCUCGCGCUGCUGGUGGUAACGACGAGUGAAGAGGUGGGACUCAACAUCAUCCGCCUACUGGUCAAUCUGUUCCACAUGGUUGCAGAGGAAGCGAAGCGCAAAGAGCUGCUGACCGCGUACGUGAAGUUCGUGUGCAAGGUCGACAGCCAGCCCGGAAAUGGAUCCUCACCAAAAUCACAAACCUCGACGACGACGACGACGACGACGGUGCACGGAGAACUCUGUCGCCAUCUGCCGACGCUCCUUCACCCGAACAAUACGGACUUUCUGCUCGUCAACAAGUUUAUGAAGUUCUCGGGUAUCUUUUUCGAGGUGAUCGUCAAAAGCAUGGCCCAAUAUUUGCUCACAACGGGUCGCAUUAAAAUGCAACGGAAUGAACGAUUCCCGAAAGAGUUCUGUAAUCGUGUCGAGGCGUUGUUUCAAGUGCUGGUACCGUACAUCAGCUCACGGCACAAGGAUCUACCGAUGGAAACGGAACAGCUGAACCAAAGUCUAUCCGUGUUUGUGAAGCGCUGCCUCUCCUUCAUGGAUCGUGGCUUCGUCUUUCGGUUGAUACGACUCUACAUGGACCGCUGGGGUCCGGGUGAUUCACGGGUACUGCAGGAGUACAAGUUUGCUUUUCUACGUGAAGUCUGCUCGCACGAACAUUACAUUCCCCUCAAUCUACCGUUUAUGGUGACGCCCAACAAUCGAGCGGCGGAUCUGUUGCAACAGUUCUGCCUAUCGGAGGAGUACUGCCGGCAGCACUUCCUCGUCGGGAUACUGUUGCAGGAGGUGAAAAGUUCACUAAACGAGGUCAGUCAUACACGCCGCCUUGGAUUGAUCACACUGAAGGAACUGUUGGCGAAACAUGAUCUCGAUGAUCGUUACCAGCAUAAGGGCCAACAGGCACGAUUGGCGAUGCUGUACGUACCGUGGUUGGGCAUCGUACUCGAGAACUUGCACCGGAUUUCCGAUGGAACGGAAAAGAAGAAGCACGAUUCCGUCGGCACGAACCGGAUCUCGUGCAGUAGCAGUUACGUCUUUGCCCGUGAAUCGCUUCCGGCCAUACAUUCGGCGAUCGCGGUCACAACGGCCACCGCGUCGGCCGUUACCUCCCAAACCAGCACACCAAAGUCUCGCAGCAACCGGGUGACGAUGUUCAUGGACUAUCCGAGUCCGAUCCGAUCAUCAUUACACCUGAAGGAUACCAGCUUUCUGGCGGCAAUCGCCGGGCAAUCGUCGUCACUUUCGAACGGCCAUUCGACGACGUCACUGAACAGCGAGUGCUCAACUCUGUCACAAGAAGGUACGGUAGUGAUACGGAAUCAGUUCAACGAGUCAAACGCCGCCAACUCGGCCAGACCAAGCCAUGCACGCUCGGUUAGUGUCACGCAACCGACACUCAUCCAGCGGACGGACAAGUUUUCCGUCACCGAAACCAAAGACCUGCUGAUCAGCUUCCUGUUUGUGGUGAAGCACCUUUCGCCGGAGCAUCUGAUCGCUUGGUGGCACAACUGCACGGAAAGUGAAACGGUCCAGUUCUUUACCGUUCUCGAUCUUUGUCUGCUGUACUUCCGGUACGUCGGUAAGAAGCAUGUGCAGGUGCAGGGUGAAGGAGCGAAACAGGCGCGAGGAACUAAAGCGGCCA